GUAAAUUUUUCAAAUUUUCCGGUCUUUUCUAUUUCUAAAUUUUAAAUAUUUCUAAGUUUUAUUUGAUUUGAGUAUAAAAAAUGGACCAGAAUUUGUUGAAUUUUUGGAAAAACUACGAACACAUAAUCGAUUGGGGUUAUCGAAUUUCAGGGGCUAGAGGAACGGAUAGCAGUGGAUCAUCGGCACCAAUCAAAACUGAAACUAUAGAAAUAAAUACUUGUAGAACUUUUAACACCAAUGAAAAUGAGUACGAUGCUUGUGAAUACUCUUCCGAUAGCAGUGUUGAUAUUGAUUUAGAAUAUUUAAAGUUUUCUAAAAAAACAUUGGAACAUCAAGAAAAAGUAGAAUUAGAAAAGAGAAAAGUUGACAAAGAGUACGGAUUGUGCAAUUCACCAAGUUUUGAAAAUGUUUGUGUUUACAGAAUGUACCAGUACAAUCGAGGUAAAUGCGAUUAAUCCAAUAGAAUUCUAUGGCUCAAAGAUAAAUGAGAUUGAAUGUCUUGAAAAUAAAUUGCAGUCUGAAUUUGACAAAUUUUGUUCCACGAAGAAA